CAUCCUUUUCAGGAGAGAGUAGUUGGUUUAAGUACUUGGGCUAUCAUGUUCCAUGAGGCCUGCUGUUUCAGAAGGAAGGCCCAGACCCUCUGGCCCUGUUGACUCCUCCACUUGACACAGGGAGCUUGCUGUCUGAGAUGAAAGAUCUGGGCAGCCCAAUCGCUGUCACAGAAUCUUAUACACAGAGAAUACUGGGGAGUGUGGAUGGUUUUGCAGAGCUGUUCCCCAACGAACAAGAAGAGAUGGAGAAACUGGUAGCUGGGGAUGUGUCUUCCAGCAUGGCUGUCUUGCUCUCUGGACCCCUUCUCACCCAAGACAUCAGUAUCAGCGAGGUCUCCAUGAACAGAAGCCGUCUGUACCGCUCUCCUUCAAUGCCAGAGAAUUUGAACAGGCCAGUACUGAAACGAAUAGUCAUGUGUCAGGAUAAUGAAACUCCUGUAAAGAUGAAACGGAGGUGCAGCCAAGUGCAUAAUGAAGCAGAGCGGAGUGCGACUCUGAAGAAGACAGCUUCACUCUCCAACAUGGACAUCAUCAAACUCCUAGAUGAGGACAAUGGUCUCAGACAGCUCAUCGGGGACUUCUCCAAAGUGUAUGCACUACCAACAGUGUCAGGACGGCACCAAGAUCUGCGCUACAUCACUCCAGAGACUGUGGCUGCUCUGCUCUCUGGGCAAUUUCAAAGCUUGAUUGACAAGUUCUACAUCCUUGACUGCCGUUACCCUUAUGAAUACAAGGGGGGGCACAUCAAGGGAGCUGUUAACUUUCACAGGCAGGAAGACAUCUUUGAGUUCUUCCUGAAGAAGCCUCUUCUCCCUUCUGUGCCACAGAAACGCCUGAUCCUUGUGUUUCACUGUGAAUUCUCCUCUGAGAGGGGUCCCAAAAUGUGUCGCUAUCUUAGGGAAGAAGAUCGUGCCAUGAAUGAGUACCCUGCACUGCAUUACCCUGAGCUGUAUGUCCUGAAGGGGGGCUAUAAGGAUUUUUUCUCUGAGUACAAGGAUCUGUGCAACCCUCAGAGCUACUGUCCAAUGCACCAUCGGGAUUUCAAAGCAGAGCUGAUGAAAUUCCGCAUGAAGAACAAGUCAUGGAAUGUGGAGCGGAGGAAGCGUGAGCAGAUUACUCGUCUCAUGAAACUGUGAGCACCGAAACUAUACCUGGAGCAGAAGCUUC